AUGGGUCGCCGAAAGUCCAAACGAAAACCUCCUCCUAAAAAGAAGAUGACCGGGGAUCUGGAGACUCAGUUCACUUGCCCCUUUUGCAACCACGAAAAGUCAUGUGACGUCAAAAUGGAGAGAACAAGAAAUACCGGAAUAAUAUCGUGUACUGUCUGUUUGGAGGAGUUCCAGACGCACAUUACUUAUCUGUCAGAGCCAGUAGACGUGUACAGUGAUUGGAUAGACGCUUGUGAAUCAGCCAAUCAGUAG